UUAUUCGAGAGAUAAAUGGACUUUGGGCUUCUCUUGGGGAUAACACAUGGGCCAAACUGUUUUCAGCCCAUGAACAAGAGUCCACAAUACAGUUUGGAAUACAGUUUUUGGUCAAAAAGGCAAAAGCAGCCGCGGUACGAGAAUUGGAUUCAACGGAAGCUAAAGGGCCAAGAUGCAAAACAGCGGGAAACAACUUGCCCUCGCUAUAAGCCCAAAGCACCCGGUCCGCCGCGGCGCCCGCCUCCCCUCGCCGGUGUCCCUCGUUCGCGCUCGCCCAGCCCGCCUCCACCUCCCAUGCCGGAGCGCCGCCGCAUCGCCGGAGAUCCGCCGUACUGGUGAUCCCCGGAGCAGGAGCAGGAGCAGACGCGAUGGACCGCUUCCUGCUGUCCCGCCCACCCCUGCCCGUCCCGACCCACGCCGCGGCCGCUGCGGGCGCCGACGGCGACCUCCUCGAGCUCGACGUGCUCUGGCCGGCCACCCCUUCGUCCGCGGUAGGGCUCGGCCUCCUCGCCGCGCUCCCGGAGGACGAGGGCAAGAAGAAGAAGCGCGCCGCGGGCCCCGUGGGCGGGGUCGGGGGCCCCGUCCGAUCCGCCGCGCGCCACGUCCCGGAGACCGCCGCGGGGUCCGGUUCCGCGAUGGCGGCGAGGUCGGCGCCGGUGCGGAUACCGUCGGACCCCGCGCGUAGGGGGAGGUGGGCCCACGCCGGCGCGUGGGCGGGCGGCAGCGCGGAGGAUACCGGGGAGGCCGUGGUGCCCCCGCACGAGAUCGUCGCGCGCCGCGCCGCCGCGCACAGCUCGGUGCUGGAGGGCGCUGGGAGGACGCUCAAGGGCCGCGACCUCCGCCGCGUCCGCAACGCCGUCCUGCGCCGCACGGGCUUCCUCGUCGACUGAGGCGGAGGCGAGUCGUCACGUCGCUUUCGUGAUAAAGUUUUGACCAUUUUUUCCCCCUUCGCGAUUUUGUUUCCCGAUGUGUUUGUGGUCCGGCUACUUUGAUUCCUUUUCCUUCACCUGACGAGAGAGGGGUUGGAAAACAUCUUUGAUUCCUUUACCUUCCCCUGACGAGAGAGGGGUUGGAAAACAUGAGGUGAGUUGAGGUGAACGAGCGAGGACAUGAUUACCGUGUUGAUCCAUCACAUAUAUAUGGAAAUUUUGGUCUUUAAAAUUGUUCCAAUCCGUAUGCUGUGUAUUGGAAAGAUUACAUUACAUGGGCUAAGAGAGGCGGUUUCUCAUAAAUCAUGCCCAGUUCUA